AUGGAGUUCUUCAACUCGACGUACAAGGCGGCUGCCAGCCUACUGCCAUACGCAACUCCCGUACCCGAGAGACAUCACCUCUCAAUGGUGUCUCCUAAGGUGUUUAAUAUGGACCCUUGGUCGGUGUUUGAACGAAGCUUCACAGCAGUCAUGGGCUAUACGCCGAAGGACUUUCGCUUCGUCCAAGGCAAGACCCCUCUGUCAACUUUCAAAGAGGCGGCCAUCUUCAUCACCACGUACUACGUGGUAAUCUUUGGCGGCCGGGAGUUGAUGCGCAACCGAGCGCCGGUAAAACUGAACGGCCUCUUCAAGGUACACAACUUCUAUCUAACGGCCAUCUCGGGAGGUUUGCUCCUCCUGUUCGCUCAGCAGCUUGUCCCUGCCCUGUGGAAGAAUGGAUUGUAUGAUGGAGUCUGUGGAGCCACGGGCUGGUCACAAGAAUUGUUGGUGCUGUACUACAUCACCUAUCUCACCAAGUACCUCGAAUUGCUCGACACAGUCUUCCUGGUCUUGAGAAAGAAACCUCUGACAUUCCUGCACACCUACCACCACGGGGCUACUGCGCUUCUCUGCUAUACACAGUUGGUUGGCCAAACUUCGGUGUCCUGGGUCCCCAUCACCCUCAACUUGGGAGUUCAUGUGGUCAUGUACUGGUAUUACUACCAAACUGCCCGAGGCGUCAAAUGCUGGUGGAAGCAAUACAUUACAAUGUUUCAAAUCACCCAGUUCAUUCUGGAUCUUGGAUUCAUCUACUUCGCUUGCUACACCUACUAUGCCAGUACUUAUGCUCCAUGGCUGCCGCACCGUGGUACUUGCGGUGACAAGCGCCAGGAGCUUGCGGCCUUCACGGGAUGCGUGAUCCUGUCCUCAUACCUGGUCCUCUUUGUCAUGUUCUACCUCUCAACUUACAAGAAACCCUCGACGAGGAGGGCUUUGCAGAAAACUGCAAAGACGGAAGUGCCUACCAUCACUGAGACAACUGAGAUGGCCGCAGAUGUCCUCAAAUCUGCUACUAAUGUCAUUGUGGAAGGAAUGAGUGAUGAGAAGUGUAUCCGCGGUUGA